AUGAACCAAGUUCGGAAAAAAGACGCCAUCGAGGCAGAAUGGCUUCGGAACUAUAGACUGAUUCGAAACCUGUACCUCUCAGAUAUGCCACUUAACGAUCUCAUCUACUGGUUGGAUUUCUUUGAGAAUUUCACUGUGACGAAAUCUCAACUACAGUACCGAUUGAAAAAAUGGAAUAUUUCGAAAAAUAUCGACCGCAACUCAUGGAGGUAUAUUGACCAAACGAUCGGCAAAAGAAAGCGAGAAGGUAAAGAAAGCGACGUUAUUUUAUGCGGUAGGCGAAUAAAGCAAUCCACCAUCGAAAAAGAAACAAAUCGCCACCGCGACACAAGUAUUCUAGUCCAGAAUCUCUCUGGAAGCCAUGAUCAGUCAAUUUCAUUAUCGGACCAGCUCAUCAUCUGUACGCCCCAGCCAUACCUGAACGAGUUUGAGUGGCCAUACACGCUGCCAUGGUUCAAGUUCCGAUCCAAGCUGCAAGAAUGGUUGAGCUAUACUCAGCUACAUAAAAUGACGAGCGAGCCAAGAGAAACAGUACUGAAUCUUCUUACGCCGAACAUAUUACUGGUUGGCCACAAAUUCGACAAAAGUCAGGCAAGUCACCUGAUUCCCAGGUUGGCUAUUAGCCUUGUUAUGGGAAUGCCGGAAUACUUCCCUGGCGAACACCUACAGACUGCUCAAAUCAUCACGACCGGCACCACAAAACUCAUGAUGCCAGAGUGCCUGAAGCUCAUCUUCUACCAAAUCUCGAACAACAUGGUCGAAACAUGGGAGGCUGAUGACUUCAAGAAUAUUUACACUCUCAUCUCUGGGACUGGGCUCUUGAGUGCCAUAGACAGUCUAAGGAGGGCCCGACAACAAGAUCUGGCCAUUAGAGCAUUUAUGGAUAAUCUUUUUAGAGACCUCAUGAGGUUCAUCUUUUUGGAUGGGAGGAUAGAGAGUCCUAAGAUCCUUGUCAAAUGGCUCCUGUCUUUGGGCCAAGACCCUAACAUCAGUUUUGGCUCUUCCACAGAGACGGCAUUGGAGUGUGCGAUUUUGUCUAGACAGUUAGACAUAGUUGAACCUCUUUUGAAGGCUGGUGCUACUCUUGAUAGGCGUUCCAAUCUUCGGUCCAUCAUGAGCUUUUUACUGCCUGAUCGAAUUUGUGACAACGAAGCAGCACAAAUCAUCAGACUCUUGUCAGGCCACUACAAAAGCUUGACUGCAGAAGAAACCCUCCAUGCGGCUAUUCUACUACAGGAUGACCGCCUUUUCGAACAAGCUUUAGACAUUGGCGCUGAUGCCUCGCUUCCUAUUCAAGUGACAGGCAAAUCCCCAUUUUUAAACCCCAUCGUCGUCAAAACGGAGACAGCUUUAAGUACGGCUGCUGCAGUCAGUAUUUACGCCACACGUCGAGUUUUCGACCUCCUUCAAAACCAAAGCCGAGCCAUCGAAGCAAAGUCAUUUAUCACGCCUGAUGUUUUCAUUUCAGCAGCAUGUGUCGGGAACGCUGAUGUUAUACGGUUUCUUCAUGAAAUCAACCCUAUCGGUUUCAGGAGAAAUGCACGCGGCGUAACACCUCUGGAAGUUGCUAUCCACCAGGGUCAUCAAGAGGCUUUUCAGUUACUGUUCCAGCUCUAUCGUCAAUCCAGCGCCAGUCUUCUUCUUAUUCCGAUACUCGCGGACCAACUCGACAUAUUACAGUACCUUCUGGCGAAUGGGCUAGACGUCAAUCUUACGAUGAAAGCGGCCGACAUAGAUGCAUGCCAGUUCUUGGUGCCAAAUCGAUUUCCCCAUCGGAAUUGUCCAUUAUACAAUAAACACAAAUCUCCGACUGUUUUAGAGUUACUUCUCCGUGAUACACGAGUCAGAGAUGAUUGGAAUGAUGGGAUCAGACUCCUCAUUAGAUCGGGAGCUAUUUCCUCUGCGAUAGCAAUUCUUGAAAUGUCAAGUGCUGGGCACGAUGACAUACUUCCUGCUGCUCUAGACACGCUGAGCGACCCGAACAUACAUCAUUUCUGCGUAAACAGUGCGCUUGUGUUGGCUCUGCAAAGUAAAAGCACAAAGUGUGUCCAAUUCCUUCUAGAAAGGUGUGCUGAACUGCAAACAUCGACAUCUGAAGUGUUUGAAGCCCUUGUACCUGAGCAUGUAUUCAACAUCCAAGGAGAGCGUGGCAGAGAUGAUCCGCGUCUCAGAGCGAUCCUUUUGGAACACUGGGUAAAGAUCUUCGACUCCAGCAAGGACAGUUUGCUUAUUAUUGACGCUGCGAUCAUCGCACAAGAUGAUGCCAGGCUCAAAUGCGUACUUUCAGAAUUGCCAACAUACUACAGCCCAUCAAGCCUAUGCUCUGCUGUGUUAGUUGAGAACGACUGGGCUAUUGACUUUCUUCUCGAGAACAGACCUCUUCAAGCACCUCAUGAUAUCUUAGAAGGAACUGCAGUUGGUUUGGCCGCGAUGCUCGGCAAUCUUCCUAUGGCGCGAAAGCUCGUAGCGAAGCUUCAAAAGCCAGAGACCGCACUGCUUCCGUUUGAUGGCACACGUUCUCCUUUCGUAUUUUCCCACGAUAAGGGCCUUGAUAUCACUUCAUCACACAUUUUCUGGCACAAAUACUCGAGCGAUCUUGAUGAUUUUGAUCAUUUCGAUGACCUUUUUCGUCCUCCUACUCUUUCGAAGGGCAGUCCGCUGGCUUUAGCCGCAUCCUGCCGAGGAACAUCCGGGGUCUUAGAACUGUUAAGUUACGGUUAUCAGCCUGACGAUAUCACGUGGGCUAGAGCUUUUAGUAUGGAUACUCUAGAUUGUUUGAGGGCGCUGAUGAAUUACAACGUGCGAGUAAGGAGUCUUCAACUACCGCUGUCAACACUUUCGCCUUUGCUGAAAUAUGCGAUCCAUCAUGAAAUGGAGGAAGCAGUCAUUUGGCUUAUUGAGUUAGGAGCGGAUAUCAACGAGAAUGAUCCAUUCCAAGACUUUGGCCGCUCUCCUGUGCAACUUGCUAUCGGACUAGGCCACCUGACAAUCGCUGAGAGCCUUCUGCGGUCUGGAGCAGAUGUUAAUGCAGCACCAUCUAUUUUUGAUGGUGUAACAGCUUUACAAUGUGCCGCCAUCGGGGGACAUAUUGGAUUAGCAAAGCAGUUGCUAGACGCUGGUGCACGAGUCAAUGCCAGGGGUAGCCGACAGGAUGGCCGAACGGCCUUGGAAGGAGCUGCUGAGGGAGGGCGACUUGACAUGGUCGAACUCUUACUUCACCACGGUGCACUAAUUACAGGGCCUGGAAGAUUUCAGUUCAUUGGAGCUAUUCAUCUUGCAGAGGGACAAGGGCAUCAUGCCACAGCAGCAUUAUUACGGCAGUCGAGAGAAUGGACGGACGAAGACACACACGUGUAUGAUUCGAUGUGUCCGAGAUGCGAAUUUAAUGGGUCGAGACUAAGUAGCAAAAAGUGUCACGCUUACAAUAGCGCCUUCACCCAAAGACGAUAUUGCUGUGACGAGAUCCACAUGCCAGAGGAUGACUGUUACCACUGUUACACUGAAGAUGAGGAGCGUCUUUACGAUUUGAAACUGCAAGAAGAGCAGAGGGAAUUAGAGUUGGAAACUGAAUUAGACGAAGACGUAGAAUUGGAGGAAGGGUUAAAAUUAGCAGAUGUUGGUUCAUUGGGUACGAGUUGA